AUGUCCAAUUUUGAGUCAUUAGACGAACUGAAAGCUUUGAAACGACCGCAGUUGCAAAAGCUUUGCAAAAAACAUGGAAUUAAAGCAGCUGGAAAGAACAUCGAAUUGAUAGCUGCCCUUAAGAGAAUAUUGCUCAAACCUAAAGUUUCUGGUAAUACCUGUAUGUGUGUUGUAUUGGUAUUCCACACCAUUAAGAAUGGCAAGAUUGAACCAGAAAGUAUCUGCGAUUCGACUACUGUACGUCGUCAGACUUACGAUAAGGAUGUUAAUCCUAUCAGUUCUAAAGAGAAUCAAGACCCUGUAGAACUUCAGGUAAAAGUUGUGAAUGAUAACUUAUCUGUUGGCAAAGUUCAGGCUGAUCUGAUGAUGGAGCUAGGUGAAAGAGUGGCUGCUCGUAAGGCUCUGGGAUCUGAGACUGAUACAUCUAAUAGCCCGUGCAUACAAAAGCCAACCAAGGUAAAAGAAAAGCCGCCUUCUCAAGUUUCAGAUCCACCUAAGACUAGAAAAAGAGCUCAAAAGAGCAAUGGACCAACUAAAACCAGUAACAUAGCUAAGAAAAGUGCAUUAAAAAAAGCCGACUCAGUUUCGUCCUCCAAAAAACCAGCAAGAAAAGCCACCAAACUCCCUGAUUUCAAAAAAUUGCACGCUCAAAACUUCAGCAAAUUCGGCGAAUCACUAGAUACUUAUCUAGACAAGAAAAAUAAAAGGCGGCAGUAUUUAACGCAAAAACUGCAAAAUAGUGUUGAAAAGAGGAAAAUUGUGAAAGAGCCUACUGUUAGCUUUUCAAGCCAAAUUCCAGUACAUUUCAACUUUUCAUUAAACGAUACAACAAAGACUGAAUUCAAUAAUCGGACACCAUCACGUCGACACGCUAAGACACCAAAUAAAAAGAUUCGCAGUACAGUGGUAUCAUCAAAACAACCAAAAACCCCUAUGAGUUUUAAAACGCCAAAUAAGCGUAUGAAGAAUGCAUCAAUAAAUCAAGCUCAAACACCGUUACAACGAGUACAGUUUGAAGAUAGCGCUUUUCAGAGAAGGAAAAAUUAUGAUUUAUGCAGAAGGAAAUCGAUUGGUGCAACGUCAGCAAAGAAAUUAGCUAGAGAAAGAAUAAGAUCCAUUCAAAAUCAUCCGCAAGAUAAUACAGUCUCACACGAGAUUGACGUCAAGAAAGUCAAAGUUCCAACCAGGGAGCAGAGACGAAAUAAUGCUUUGAAAGACAGAUCGAAAAAGAGAAACGACGCAGUGUUUGCUCGGCGUGGAAUUCAACUACGUUAA